AGUAAACCUCUUUUUUUUUUUCAGAUUGCAUUAAACGUCGUCGUUAGCUCCUUAAACAACCACCUUCGUCUUUUCCGCUAAUGGCGAUCUUCGGAUGGCGGCAGAGAAGACGGCCACUCGACGGAGGAGUAACUCGCCGCCGUCGUUUCUUAAGGCCAUUGUAUUCGAGAAAAGUCAAGAGAAUGUUUCUAUUCGUUGUGGUCUUCUUAGCUAUAGUUCCUCCUCUCUUCUUACAUUUCAAGCUCCGACGAAUUCGUCAGAUUGUGGCGCAAAAGUGCGAUUGGCUUCACCAUCCUCCACUUGUCUGUGCUCACGGCGGCGAUUCCACACUCGCUUUCCCAAACACGAUGGAUGCUUACAGUCUCGCUAUACGUUCUCGAGUUGAUUGCAUCGAAGUUGAUGUAUCUCGUUCCUCCGAUGGUGUUUUAUUCGCUCUCCACAACAGGUUACAAGCUCUGAUCCUUGUUGUAUCCUCUUCUCUUAUUUCGAUAUUUCUGUGUGGGGAUUCUCAUCGGAGUUGUUUGUUAAUUCAUCUUCCGAUCACACGCACAGUCAGGGAUCUGCAGCGUAUUGCUCGUAACUCUUCUGUUCAAGUUGGAGAUCUGACUAUGAGUGAAAGUAAAAAAAUAUUGAAGUUAUCCAUGGGUUAUCCAUGAAGUUGAAUCAUAACUAAAGAUAUUUUAAAAGUAAUAAUUUCAAUUUGAAAUAUUAUGUAUGAAUGUUGGGUUUAUAUCAACAAA